UUCAAACCCAAACCGAAAAGUCAUGCCCAUGAAUAAUUCUACUCUCCAUUUCGUUUGUGUGCUAUUAAUAUUAUGCAUCUCUCUCUCCCAAGCAGCACCACCAGAAGUAGGAUUCUAUUCCUACACAUGCCCCAACGCAGAAUCCAUUGUCGAAUCUGUGGUGAGAGAAGCCACUCUCACUAGUCCACGCACACCCGCUCUUCUUCUCCGUCUGCAUUUCCACGACUGUUUCGUCGAGGGUUGCGAUGGCUCAAUCCUUAUUGACAACGGAGCUAGUGAUUUGGAGAGGUUCGCCGCCGGCCAUCUAGGCCUCGGUGGUUUUGGGGCGAUCGAGAAGGCGAAGCUGGAGAUCGAGAGCCAGUGCCCGGGCGUUGUUUCAUGCGCCGACAUUGUCGCCAUGGCUGCUCGAGAUGCCAUUGCUCUGACUGGAGGUCCGGUUUACGAAGUUGAAACUGGAAGAAGAGACGGAAGGGUUUCAAACCGUAACCUGGCCAGUGAUAUGCCUGAUGUCGACGAUUCAAUCGACACUCUGAUAUCAAAAUUUGUAGCCAAGGGCCUUUCACCACAAGACCUUGUGUUACUUAGUGGAGCGCACACCAUUGGGACAACGGCAUGUUUCUUCAUGCCGAGGAGGUUGUACAACUUCAACUCGACAAACAAGUCGGACCCUCGGAUCAGUCCUCAGUUCUUACCGGAGUUGAGGCGCAUGUGCCCUAAGGACGGGGGCAGCGGUGCAAGGAUCUCUCUGGAUCCGGUGACUCCAGGGAGUUUCGACAGUCAAGUUAUGGACAACAUCAAGACAGGGUUCGCCGUACUGGCCUCGGAUGCCCAGCUAUACGACGGUGGCCUGACCAGAGAGGUGGUGGAUUCCUACGCCGGAGGGUCUCAAUUCGGGGAGGACUUCGCCAAGGCAAUGGUGCGGAUGGGACGGAUCGGGGUGAAGUCGGGGGAAAAUGGGGAAAUCAGGGUGAAAUGCGGCAGCUUCAAUUGAGUUUAUCAUUGUACUUGGCUUUAGAGUUUAUUAUGGAAUAUGUAUGUAGUGAUGCUUCUAGUCUAGAUGAAUGUGUAACAACAUCAACACCCAGAUGUUGUCAAUAAAAGAUGCAUAUUUGUAGUA